AUGCGGUUGACGGGCGGAGCAGGGGUCCUGUUUGGUGAGGAGCCGCGCUGUGACGUGAUAUUGGCGUCAUUCAUCUGUGCGGUUCAGCAGGCCUCCUCCGAGUCCAAAAUCAUCCACAGAAAGUCAAACCCCACUCCCACCAGCCCCACAAACCUGGAGGAGAUCGGCAGGCUGGUCGCGCAGAUCCACUCUCUGUCUGAUCCCAAAGUCCAGGGCCGCAGCAGCCUCGACCCUCUGCCUGUGGAUGGAACGGACAUAAACGCGUACUACAGCAUCAUCAGCACCCUGUAUGUGCUUCUACAGCCGCUGAUGCGAGAGGGCUUCGUCCAGGACCUGCCCCAGACUCUAGUAUGCAUCUUAUCAGAGCGACAGGACUGCGGGACAGAAGCAGAGCUCAUCAGGACUGUGUCCACGGAAAUGGGGCCAGCGUUCCUGACCGUGCUGAGGUCUCUCACCAGUCCCACCUGUUCCUCCCUGGGCGCAGAGGGAAAGUCCUACAGCUUCUUCAAAACUUAUCUCCACAUGAGCGACUCCACUGUGGAAACACUGAGUGAGAUCCAGGACAUGUUUUUCGAUAUCUUGACAUAUUUCCCAGGCGCAGGAGACUUGGUGAAUGCUGUCAGUGGCCUUGUUGACACCAUGAUGAAAUAUGUGUUGGAGGUUUUGUUUUCGCUUCUAGAAGUACCUAUUGAGUACGUGAUGAUAGCUCUGCAGAUUGGGAUCAGAGUACCGACGCUGGACGAACAGGGGAUGUGUGAGCACGGUGAUUUGAAGCAGCUCAUUAUGUGGGGGCUCCGUCACAAUGUGAGCUGGUCUUUCAGUACAGCAUUUAUCGACAUCCUCCUGGACAUGUUUUUGGCUCCGGACCAGUACCUUUGCUCGCCCCCAGGCUUCUGUCCUCCAUCUACAGGCCCUUUGCAGCGCUCUUAUCUGGAAUCCAACACAGACAUCUACCACAACAUCCUACUGCAAUGCAACCACCAGCAUCUGGCAAAGCUAAACGAUACCAUUUGUCCAGAAAUUAUAUCCGGGUUGAGGCAACCAUCAUCUGCCUUUGUGCUAAUGCUCUGCCAGGCCCUUAGCUCCCUCAACGCAAGACAGAUAGAAUCAGUGUGGCGUAAUGGUUGUUACAUAUUCGAAGCCGUCAUGUCGCCUUUAGCAUCCAGAACAGCCUCUAAUUGUCCUUUUAUAGGCCCUUUCCCCUCCCCUGGCUUCUAUGCCGCACAUACCGUCUCACCGCUGGAAGAAGUCCCCUUGAGAAUAGUCAGAGAGGCCUCCAAUCUCAACCAGCUCGCCUGCAACUACAACAGCUGGAUGAACAAUAUCUUAGUUGACCCCGUGCUGGUGUCGCUGUGUGGAGACAACCAGCACCCUCUCAACGCAUGGCUACGCACAGCUUGUAAUGAUACGGAAGAGAUUGAUAAGGCCCACCUCAUACAACAGGUUUGUAGGUACACUGAAUGGACAAAACCCACAAUAGUGGACAUGACAGAGGUGGCCGUCUGUGCAGAAGAUUUAGCAAAGAAGUUUAACUGGACAUGCACACAGGACCUCACCAGGGCUUGUCUCCCUGGGGUCGGGCAGAACGCGAUGUUGCAAGUGGUUGUGCGCUGCUGGUUGGAGACUAUGAGGUCCCGUAUGGAAGAGGUGCUGACCCCACAAGUGACCACCAUGCUGGACCAGGCAGUGAGUCUGGCUGUGGUCUCGCUGCUGGCCCUGGAGGAGAUCCAGAACACCACGUAUCAUGUGGCCCAGAAUAUACGCCUGAAUGUACUCAUGACUGUGGACAAGUUUCUAAAAAAGGAAACCAACUUCGACAAGAAGAGGGUGAUGCUGCAAUGCUUUGGACGAGUGCUCACUAGCCUGAUGCAGACACCUCGGGGUGCGGCCCAGGAAGACUUUGUUUUCUUCCAGGAGUUCUUCAACAUCCCAGUGGACACUGUGCGCGAGGUUCUGAGUGGAUCUCACAUCUCAACCAUCAGAAUGCUCCUGGUGUACUACAGCAGACACAAGAACUCACUGCAGCUUCCUCAGAAGUACCUGCCAACGCUGGCGUCAGUACUCUUCCAGACACACCUGUUCUCGGAUGUGACUCUGUUUUCUGAACUGGCUCCUCUCCUGACUCUGACCAGUCCAUCCGACAUCCUCGCAAUGCCACUGCUGCAGAAGGACAAUGAGGUGCGAGAGAUUAUCAACCUUAAACUGAACCAGAUGACUUUGGAGCAGCGGCUUGCUUUUGGCGCCUGGUUUGGCACAGCACUAGACCCCAUCACCAUCAUCAGAGGUCAACAAUCGCUCAUCAGGGCCAUCGGAAACCUGAGCGCUUACCUGCCCUUCUACUACUUCCAACACCUCUCUGCUGCUCAGCUCCUGGACGGUUUAGACGUUCUAAUGAACAACACCUUGAGCCCAAUAAAACAAGGGUUUAUAGCACAACGAGUCAUUGGGACAUACUCAAACCUCACAGCACAGGAUUUUAUCAGGCUUGGUAACAUCACAUGUCAUGCUGAUCCAGAAGACCUUAUUGCAUAUAAUGGAACUAAAGCAUUUCCUGUUAUCCAAGAAGCAAUCAGAAACUGCACCCGGAAUGGACUCAAUCUGCCCAGCCGCUUGCUUUCUCUUUUGCUCCUAAACGGCGCCCAGUCCAAGGACCCAUCGACAAUGACAGCGGAGCAGAGUUCGGAGACGGCUCAUCUUCUGCCCAUGCUCGGAGUGAGCUACAUCCAGAGUCUGAGUCCACAGCACCUGCUCCACAUGCUGCCAGUCAUCAAGACUGUGACCUUCAGCCCUGCUCAGGCCUCCGUAAUUGUAGAAAAGCUCUCCUCAGUUGUGAAAUUGAAUUCCCCUGGAACUCUGCAGCAGCUCGGCUCUCUUGUUGUAGGAGUGAAAAGUGAAUUUUUGUUGACGCUGACCUCUGAAAAGCUUCUGUCUUCGCUGCCGUCCAUGGCUCAGCAGACUCCAAAGUUCAAUCCAGCUCAAGCUAAUGCCAUUUCCACAAAACUCUGGGGGUUUUUAGAUGUGCCAAGCUGGCUGGAUGAGGUGGAGCCCUUACUUCUCUCCACUCCUUUGGUCAGUGUUAUGUCCAGGACUGUUCAGCUGGUCAACAACCUCAGUACAACAGCCACUAAACCCUGGAACACACAACAGGCUCAAGCUAUUUUCAACAAAGUGCUUGAUAUAAAUCCAAGCCUUAUCAAAGAAGACUUCCAGAGUCUGGGGACACUCGGCCAUGGAGUGAGCUGUAAAGUUUUGCUUGAAAGAAUGAGAGCAAAUAAAUCUCCUUCAUCAGUAAGAAAGAUUCUCUACUUCCUCCGACAGCAGCUGAGUCCUCUUCACACCACACUGAAAACAUGUGUAGUGAAUGAGGUCAACAACUAUGACUUCUUCAUAGAUGUUCUGAAAGAUUUCGGAGCAGAACUAGCUCUUUCAAUACCACUCAGCAUUAUCAGACAUUUUGAUGUGAACUAUAUGGACUCUCUCAGAGAAAUCAUCAUCAGAGAGCCUCAAUAUUUUCUGAAACUGUCCAGAAGAAAACAAGAGCUUCUGGUGGAUAGAAUUGUUCAAAGACUGAGCAUGUCCACAGAUGGUACUUCUAAAAUGGACAUAGUAGCACAAAUGUUGCAAAUAACAAACUCUUUUGGACCUGUGGAGACAUGGACUAAGGCCACACUUAGUCAAGUGGGAAGAUUUAUCUUCUUUCUACCCAUCAAUAAACUUCAGCAAAUCCCAUUGGAGCUGAUGUCUGUGACUGGCAUAGAGAGGCUGUUCAUGAGCCAGCAACAGUGGGAACAGGGGCCUGUUGGAAGCCAGUGUCUAGACGCCAGUGAGAAGAGGAGCAACUUUGAGAAACAACAAUUUGUCCUGCAGUUCUUUCUUGGCUUCCUCAAAGUUAUAGCAACGCCUACCACAGUUCCAACGUGUGAGAUCCUCCAUUCAACCACUCCCUCCGUUUGGACGCCUAACAGCUUAGCCAACAUGUCGUCUUCAGCAUUUGUCAACUGUCUAGAAUUAAUGGGUCUAGACCCUUUUGUGUCCUAUUAUCACCGUGUUCAGUUGUUACAAAAAUUGAAAAAACUAUAUGGUCCAGUUUCCUCUUUCUCCCAGUCACUCAUCUCUCAGCUUGGACGAAUAGCAGUGGAAAUGACAAAUGAAGAGUUGCGCAGUCUCCAACUUUCUGAUCGCAACAUAAUCUCUGCUCUAGGAGCUGUUGAUCUGUGGACCAGAACACAGCAAGAAAUCCUCUUUGCGGCUGUAUUAACCUCAACUCAGCAAAGUGUAAGCCAGCUGGACUCCAGCCUUCUGGUGGCAAUGGGUCAUUUUGUGUGUGGGGCCAAAGCAUCACAAAUAAUUUAUUUCAAUGCAGUAGAGUUCAGUAAGGCAGUGCUUUACCUUGGACAGCUGAAGCUGCAGUGUGAUGAAGAACAGCUGAGGGCCAUGAUCGGGCUGCUGAGUCAUGCCCUCGCCUUUGGACUCGUUCCUUUCUGGAAAAGUGAUGUUUUCAUGGAGAUUGGAAUAAUAGCAGCUGGACUUACAGAUAUUGAUAUGUCAUCCUUAGUAAAAGAUCAAAUUGAAGGAAUUACUCCUCUGGCUAUCUCAGCCGUUCCACCAACAAAAUUUUCUGUUGCAUUCCGUCCUCAUCAGAUCAGCAUGUUCUCCUAUGAUCAGGCAGACGCAGUGCCCAUCCCAGUGAUUGAUGCAUUGUCUUACAUGCAGAAACAAGCUCUGGCCAUGGUGCUGAAUCCCUGGGAGGACCGUCUUGUGGACUUCAGAGGGAGAUCACUGGCGCUGGCGCUGAGUCCCUGUCCGGUGUGUGUGCUGCUGGGAUCACUGAUGCUAAUGCUCCAAACAUGA